AUGGAGUCUACAGUGUUGCACAUGGUGAAUACCCUGAACUGCACGUUUGACUCGCCGUUCCUGUGUGGUUAUGACCUAGGGGUAUGGUUCCCGGCCACGGGAAUGGGGCGGGCCACCCCCUACCCCACUCACGACCACACCCAGGGCACCUACCCAGGUGUUUACUUGGCAUCCAAUGGCCAGGGAGGAUUGAAGAGCCCAGUCUUCAACCUGGACACAACACACUGUGUGCGUUUCUACUAUAACUUCAUCACUUCACCACAAGUGCUGACAGGUGACUUUACUGUCUCUGUGGAUUACUUUGCACCGUCAGGGGGCGAACCAGUCGGAAAUACGAAGUUCCGCGCUCCUAAUGAGAGUGACACAGAGCUUUGGAGGAUGGGACAGUUCCAGCUACCCCCUGGGAAAUAUCAGGUCAUAUUUCAAGGUUACAGAUCACAGGUCGUUGCCAUUGACGAUGUCCUUGCCCUUCCCGGUGAAUGUGCAGCUCAAGAGUGUUUGGCAGGAGAGUUCCGCUGUGCCCAGUCCGGGUGUAUAACUGAAGCAGAGGCGUGUAAUUUGGCUGUACACUGUGCAGUGAGCCCAGAUGAUGAGUUUGUUUGCUCAGACCGAAAGCCGUACAACUGUACGUUUGAGAACAAUCUGGAGUGUGGUAUAAGUCGGCAGUUUCAGACAAACGGGAACAGGUGGCUGCUAAUGAAUGGUACUAGGAACCACAAUGUUAAGGCUGAUCACACUCUGGGCACAGCCAAAGGUCAGUUUCUGUAUUCCUCCUCUGGUGUUACGUCUUCAUUUGGCCUGCUCGUGGUCCUGCCAGGGCCUCGGUACUGCGUUCAGUUCAACUACCAGGUCUUCUCCAAGCUGGCCCAGUUAACCCUUGAUGCAAGGUGGACCUUACCAGGCCAAACUGGGAGUAACACCCAGCGCUUACUGACCACGUCUGGCCGACGGAACGCCACCUGGAACAGAGUUAUUGCCCCUGUCCCUGUUGUCCCGUAUGCGGCCCUUUGGUUCACCUUCAGUGUCCCUCCUCGGGAGCAGGUCGAGACGACGUUUGCAGCUGUGGAUGAUAUCACUAUUGAGUUAGGAGAAUGUCCAGUAUUUGAUUGCCCGACAGGAACCCAGAAGUGCAAGGAUGAGAAUUUCUGUAUAACUCCGUCACAAGUCUGCGAUCGCAAAGUUGACUGUAAUGAUCUCUCUGAUGAGGCCAACUGCACAUGUGGGGAGACAGAGUUUCGCUGUGAUAACGGUUUGUGCGUGCCCUCAUCCCUCACCUGCAAUGGAGUAGAGGACUGCCUGGAUGGAUCAGAUGAGCGUGAUGUUUGUGGAUCACAUUUACUAUAA